UCAGAAACUCAUAUACUGGGUUUCUUGUUAAGGCGCAGCAAGUUGGAGGUGGAAAUGCAGUGGGCAGUUUUAACAUACCAAGCAACAGUGUUUAUAUGGGACUGGGAUGCAAUGGGGUGCCAAACUCUGCUGUUACUCAUACAUCUUCUUCAUCAAAGAGUUCACUUUCAUUUACCUGGGUUUCAUCUUCAUCUAACUCUUUGGGAGAUAUUGAAUUCAGGGCAACUGUAGUUUCUUCAAAAAAAACUUUUUGGACAAAUGUGAAAAGCGCUACAGUGAAAGCCAACGUUGUCAGUAAUAAUCCUUCUAGUAACACGGCUGCUCCAACUGUUACCACCACAUCCACUACAUCCACUACUACCACCACAUCCACUACAUCCACUACUACCCAGCAGGGUUCUUUUACCAAAAAUUCCUUCAACAUUUCUAGCAGUGGAUGUGGUGUAACAAAAACCUGUUUCAGCAGCCCAGCCAGCUGUGACCCUAGUACCUCCUCCAGCUGUAACUUCAUGUCAUCUGCUGCAACCCAGGAUGGCAUCCAGUUUGAAAUUUAUGGUCAGACUAAUGGCUAUGUGGCCGUUGGCUUCUCAGAUGACCAAAAAAUGGGAAGUGAUGAUAUAUACUCAUGUGCUCUUAACAAUGGAGCUGUUAAUGUUCAGCAUGUUUAUUCUAUUGGACAAUCACUAUCGUCACCCCUAAGUUCGGUGAAUGUGUCUACUAUCGCAGCAUCCUACAGUGGAGGAGUCAUGAAGUGUUCUUUUAUUACAAAAAAUGCCAUAUCAACACAGCAGAGAUCAUCAACUAACACCUAUUUCAUAUUUUUGGCGAAUGGGCCUACUUCAAAUGGUAAUAUGCAAUUUCACCCCUCAAUUCCCAUUAUUAGCCCCAGCAAAAUUGAUCUCCUUGGUUUCCAGGUGGCAAGUGGAAGUGUGAUUCAAGAUCCUCUAAUUAAAGCACAUGGUGCUCUUAUGCUGAUCGCUUGGAUGACAACAGGAAGCAUUGGAAUGAUAAUCGCCAGAUACUUCAAACAUGUUGGCAAAGGAAAAAAGAUUGGUGGAAAAGACAUCUGGUUUCAGGUUCACAUCUUCUUAAUGAUAAUGACUAUAUCUUCAACAAUUAUUGCAUUUAUACUUGCAUUUGUGUCAGCUCAAUCCUGGAGUGGAGGUGCUCAUCCAGUGCUCGGGUGUAUUGUGAUGGGUCUUGCUUUGAUCCAGCCUUUUGGAGCGAUCUUCCGCUGUGCUCCCACCGAUGAGAGGAGGCCCAUCUUUAAUUAUCUGCAUGCAGUGAAUGCUGUGAUAAUGAAAGUGCUUGCAGUGGCCACCAUUUUUCUUGGGCUGCAGUUGCUCAGUUCAUCUAGCACUUCUGCUCAGUGGACAGUUAAAGUCAUGGGCGGAUUUUUUGGAUGGGAAUGUUUAAUCAUCAUCAUUUUAGACGUCAAAAAGUUCCUAAAGAGAAAAGCCAUUUAUGAAAAUGUUUCCAAGGACCGACUGGAGCCACUAAUACUUAUUAUUUACAUUAUUGGAAAUUUGUGCUUUAUGAUUGCUCUUUUGACUGGAAUUGGCCAAACGUAAGAUGAACUGCACAGUGGAGCCUGGAACCUGAAUAAGAAACUGUUUUUCUUUUACUGCUUGUUCACUGAACAAUAUGACUAUAGAAAUGAUUUAUUUUUAAAGUGUGUGUUUAAAACGAUAUACAGUAUGUAAACAGUAUAUAUAACAAUGUUUAAUAUUGUAUAUACAUGCUGUAAAUAUUCAUAAUAGGCUCACUUACCUUAGCUCUGAUACUGUCUACUGUGUAUAUGUACAGUAUAUGAUAGCUAAUCAGCAUGAUCUGCCCCUGACUUGCUCUGCUUCAUGUGGAUGGAGGAUCUUUAAUAUUUUAUGUGUAGCAUUGUCAAACACUAUCAUUAAUAGCCACAAAGUUGCAUUGAUCUCCUGUUUGUGGUUUAUAUAGGAUGCCAUAAAAACUAAAAGGUGUGGAAAGCUGCCCGGCGUUUGUUUCCUGCCUUACGCCCUAUGUUGGCUGGGAUUGGCUCCAGCAGACCCCCGCGACCCUGUUGUUAGGAUAGAGCAGGUUGGAUAAUGGAUGGAUGGAUGGAUGGAUGGAAUAUUUUACAGAAUAAAGGAUAAAAUGAGUUGAUAGGCCAAAAGAAAUUAUAUGUGAAAUCUCAAUAGUAAAUUUUUUUUUAAAUGUUAUGCAACUGAUACUGAAUUACAUCUACUGGAACUGUAAUAAAAAUUGUAUAAAAUGAAUGAAUGAAAAUAUCAAAGAAACAACAGUACUAUUAAGAAAGUGUAAUGUUUUAUAUUCAGAAAAUGUAAUGCAAAAGUCAUUUGGUGUAAAUGAUGGUGCAGAUCAUGUGUUGUUCCUGGAGAAGCUUGGUGGCUGCAGGUUAUUGGUUUAGCCAUUAUAUUGCCAAGUGUCUAAUUAUUUUGUAAAUAAAGUAAAUGAGAUACGUUCUUUA